AUGCCGAACACGAGGCGUCGAAGGUUUUCUGUGCAAAAUGACAUCAGUGGCAGAGAUUCUUCAGAAACGCAAAAUAGUUUAAAGAACAGUUCGAGCGCCAUUGAUCUUUAUAACAUUUUAAGCGAGGAAGACACACUUACUAAUGUAUCUUAUGGUACAGUUACUCCUAAAAAUUUACCCACCAAAAUGAGGGAUGCAAGAUUAGCUAAUAGAGAUAUCCCUCAUAGAAGAGACAAAUAUCCCAGGCAGCACAGAAUUAAAGUAAGAAGUCCCAAACGUAGACUUCCUGUUUUGGAUCAGAACAUUCAGAACACUCAAGAAAAAAACAAUGAUGUAGAGCAACGGUCCGUAGAGAUAUCUCCUAUAGAUUGGGAGCAAGAAGUAGAAGUUAUAAUAGAUCAUGUGACAAAUUUAGUCGCAAUAAACGAAGAAUUGCCGUUAAUGGUGGACAGCUUGGGAAUCAUGUUGAUGUCACCACUAGCUGUAUUAGCUGCCUGGUUGUCAGGUCGCACUCUAGCCGGCCUGAUGCGCCAGGACAGCCACGCUGCACCGUGGCCAUUGGCGUCAACGUUUGUUCUCGCGUGUAUGACACUUGUUAGUAUAAUCACGUUUAUAUUAAAUUUUAUUCGGAUCAUCAUCAUCAGCCCUUUUACGUCCCCACUGCAGGGGGUCAGGUGUUCCUUAGAGAUAAUUAAGAAGGAUGGGCCAUGACUCUCCACGCCAGCCCAUUGCGUAUUGGAGGUUUUUAACGACCGCAAAUGCAGUCCGGACCAAGGGCAUUCCGAAACACGGAGUAGUACGAGAUAGUAAAUUUUUGGUCAUCCAUCCCGUGGCCGACCCUUGCAAUAGUUGCAUAACAACAACAAUCGAGGGCCGCAGCGUUUAUUCACUACGCCACCGAGCUACCCAAUUAUUCGGAUAAUUAAAAAUAAUUUCAUGGAUGGGUUUCUACAUAAUUACCAAAUCAUACGAUUGGGUCUUGGACGAGCAAACAAAAUAAAGAAAAGGUAUGUUACUACUGCUGGAUUGUAUCUGCAGCUACGCGUCACGCCCUCGGCUGGUGGAUUUGGUACCGGUCGCAGUAUGAAGUCAGAUUGCAGUUUGAGGAGACCGAAGAGUAACGUGGCUUUAGCCUAUUCAACUUUAGGAACAGACUCAGUUGCCUAA